UCACACCUGAUUCAACAUGGCUACCGCUGGUCGCUAGCUCCUCGUCUCCCUCCUCGUCCGCGAUCCGUACUCGAAUUCUCCUCCAAAAUUUCUGCCGUAAAACUUUUGUCAGACCCCCGUUAGCAUGGCAUCAAAGUGGACCGUGUCCAUCAGCACCCUCCUAUCCGCCCUAGUCAUUUUCUACGCCGUCUAUUACAGGCGGCAAACCGAUGAAGUGUUGCGCCAGAGGCUGCAGCUGAUCCUCGACGGCUUACUCAAGGCCGAACGGCAAGUUUCGGUCGACCCGAAGACACGGAUUGCCCUGGGAUUCGGCUCGUGUCAGGACUUGAUCGUGCAGAGCUCGGAGCUGUUCGGCAACUUCGAGCCGCCCGAAGAUCCCGAGCACAUCGAUGUCAUUGACAGCGAGCGAGAUCUUCUUCGGGCGUUCGCCUAUUACUUCCGGCAUGGAGCGGCGGCAGAGCGCUUCGUGUCCAACGCCAGCCUGUUUGCGUCCCUGGUGGAGGCAGCGCGGUCUGCAGAGAGUGCCGAGUACCAUGUGGGCGGCAACGCUCCUCUCAUGGCCAACCGGUUUGCACGGGAAGGCUGCGAGGUCCUGCUGGGAGCCCACAUGUCUCAGAAACUCCGGAAGGAGCUGCCAGAGGGCGUCACGGUGGCGGGGCCUCUCACGGACCACGACGAAGUGCACCUGCUCUUGGAGUACCCCGCGGGGCUCCGCUGGGGGCGGUACCAGUCGCCACGAGCCAACAGGUUCAUCAUUCACAAUGACCACAUCAACCCAAAGUUGGCCUCGGUCAGGAACUUUGUCCCCGAGCUGAAGCCGUUCCGGCCGGACCUGCUAGUCAUCUCGGGGCUUCAGAUGAUGGACAAUUUUCCAUUUGAGAAAGGUCAGCGUGCCGAGCACGUUCGAGAGGUCCGCGACAUGAUGAAGGAGGCGGACCCCGCGGUGCCGCUCCACUUCGAGAUGGCGUCCUACACGGACCCCACGCUCCUGCACGAGCUCGCGGAGCACGUGCUGCCCUACUCCGACUCAGUGGGCAUGAAUGAGCAGGAGCUUCCGAACCUGCUGAGCAUCCUCAAGUACGGCAACGUCUCCUACGUGGCGGACUCUUACCCCAGGGUUGCCACCGUGCUGGACAUGAUGAGGGACGUCUACGGGCUUGUGCAAGAACAAGCAUCGCGUCACGGUGCCACCAACGAAAAGAAUGCAGGCAGGCGGAGACUCAGUCGCCUGCACAUCCACACCCUCGCCUUCCAGGCAAUCCUGGUUGCGAGGGACUCCCCGUGGAAGAACUCGCUUGCCGCCGCAGCCAAGUCCGCUCUGACCGCCCACCGCUACACCUGCGGCUCGGACGACAUCGACACGGAGCACGCGCGAGUCAUCAUGGACGACUCCUUCACGACGAGCCGGGGCCAGGGCGCCCGGCGGAUCCCCUUUGACAGCAAGCGUCCAGUCGCCUGCUGGCAGGAGGCGGACUUUGAGAUCUGUGUCGCCCCCGUUCUCGUGUGCACCAAGGUCCUCCACACGGGUGGCGGCGGCGACAACGUGUCGGCCGCCGGUUUGGUACUGCAGGUUUAGCGGCGGGAGCAACCCUCUUCGGGGAAGGAAAGGGUGUCCGCCGUGAGGCAUACACUGUUUUUGCUAAGAACGAACUGACCGCUUUCACAUGUAGUUGUCGCAUUGUGCGUGGCGACAUCAGAGUUUGAAAUUGAGGGGGGUGGGGGGCUAAUAGUGGCGGUAGCCUCUUUUCUCUCGGGGAAAGAGAGGGUUGCUACCAUUAGGCAAAGAUCAUUUUCUCCUCGAAUGAGCUGGUCGGUUUUUUUGCGACGGCGUUGCAGUGUGCGUGGUAACGUGGGAAUCCAAAAUUGGGAGGGUAGGCUAAUUCUGGGGAGUAACCUCAGGAGAUGGAGGAUAGCUGUUGGGAGUAGAUACUUUUCACUGAGAACGAGCUGGCUUGUUUCAUAUGUGGGUAUUGCAGUGCGUGUAGUAACAUUGGAAUCCAGUAUUGGGAGGGAUGGAAGGCUAAUCCUAGGGAGUACCCUCUUCUUUUUCUUUUUUUUUUUUUGGAGGGGGGAAGGUAGGCUCUCUCAAGGCUGGUCUGGUUUUAUAAGGAAAGAUGGGGAUUAUUGGCAACUCGUUUGUUGCAGGAUUUGCGGUGGCACCAAAGUAUGAAACUGCGAGGAAGGUAACCAGUCUUCAAGUUGUCACUUCUUUUUUUAGGAAACCACUUUUUUAGUGCUUGUUUCUUUGACAAGACAAAAGAUGGGCUGUCAAUCAAGUGUAGGGGGUGACCUCUCCUGAGGUUAGGUUCUCAAGGGCAAAGAAAAUGAAGUACUGAAGAAAGUGUGUUUGUCAGGCUGUCCAGUUACAUCAUAAUUUGAAAUUAGAAGAGGCAAUAUCAACUGUAUUUCUGAACAACUAUCUUCUCAGCAUACAUAAUUUUCAUUAGGGGAGAAGGUGGUUGCUUAGUUCAUGUGUGGAUGUUUUGAGGUGUGUGGUGGCAUCAGACUGAGGCAUUUUGAUAGUGCAGUUUGUGUAGCUGGGAAAGUAAUGCAAGGAUUAGUCAUUUUAUACGACCCACACCAGCGUGUCUAUUCUUUUAAGUUUCCGUGACUGGUACCCAAUUUCCAAGUGAAAAGAAAUUACCAUAGUGUCAUCAACGAGUUACUUUUUUCUGUGCUUACUGAAUCAAGAACCUGAGAGUAACCAAAAGUGGCUACUUAAAAUUGGUGUAGCAAAGGUUGAACAUGACGGUAAACCUGAGACUAGGGUAGGAAAACAGAAAACGCGAAGGAAGACGGAAAAAGAGCAGGCAGCGUCUCAAUUCUUUUUAUGUCUUCCUUCGCGUUUUCCGUUUUCCUACCCUAGUCUCAGGUUUACCAUCAUGUUCAACAUACACCAGCUGGCCUGCACUCUGACUAUAUUUUUGGGUAGUUAGCCCCUUACCAUGUCUGAGGACUUUAACAUGAAGCUUCUGCUUUUCAUAGUUUAUGCCAAAGCAUGUGUUUUUACGCUCAUUUCAAUAUUCGCCGGGCGCGGAAGAUACUACAUGGAACGUCGGGUAUCCGAGAGGGGUAGUCAUUUCUAGACUGCCCUGUAGUUGCUUCCUGCCUUAUGUCACCCAUAUAAGUUUGUACCCCUGGCUUUGUACUUCCCCUAAUCUUCAACGUUGCUUCACUCUUGGUUAGUUAGUUCAGGGUCGUUAAAGGCUAGCCCCAAACCAAGGAUGACUGUGAUGUUUCGAAGUAAGCAUUUAGGUGCAACUCCACCGCUGCUCAUGUUUGUAGUAAGGAAGUUUGCACUAAGGGAGUAGGCCUCAAAUGUGCUUUACUUUUUCAAAGGGCAGAGAGGCUACCAGAGACAUGAAAAGACAAUGAAUGUAGAACAGUAUGGCACUUGAACUUUGAAAAUGCUGUUUGUUAUGAAAUUCAAAACGAAAUAAGAAUGGAGCACGAGCUGAGUGUAUGAGGUUC